AUGUCGAGCUUGCCUUCGAGACUGCAAAUUUCGCAUUCUGAAAGGUUUUCGCCGUCUUCCAGUCGAAACUCUUCGCCUCAGCGAGGUUGGAGAAGAAGGAGGGCGUCGAGUGGAAGUCCAAGCCGCAGCUUGUCGGCAUCGCAUAACAGCUCGCUGGGAGAACGACCUGGCGUUGCCAGGGGCAGGCGGACUCUUGACGGCGGCUCUUCAGGGCGAGUCUCGAUGUCGUCGGCCAUGUCAAUUACGCCAUUGUACCUUGGUCAUGCGAUGCCAUCGUCAGGCACGAGAGGAGUUGGAAACGAGGCUCGCUCUUCGCUCUCGAACAGGACUUCCCCCCGUACGAGCCACAGCCCUGACACCAAACGCACCAGCAUGUCGUUCGGGGAUUUUGUCGCCGCCAGGCCACGCGACCGCAACGCGCUGAGGGUAGCAGUGAGAAUAAGGCCACUGAUAGAGCGGGAGAAGGGGUCGAGGGCGGUCACGUGUGACGGAGGAAAUGGGCGAAUGGUUGUCGUCAACCCGAUAAAGUUCAAAGCUAGUGCCGAUGCGGGCUUCAACUGCUCUUGCUUUGCCUACGGUCACACCGGGAGUGGGAAAACGUACAGCAUGUUCGGCUGCAGCGACACCGCUAACUUGCCUGACGACGACGAAGCCCUCGCCGCACCGCCUCAGGAAGAGUGUUUUGGUCUGGUGCCCCGCGUCUGCUUUUCUCUUCUAAACCGUCUGGAGGAAGCUAACACAGAUACUUCACGACACGAGCCUGGGACGUCGAGCGUUGGCGUAUCUGUGCAGUUCAUCGAGAUCUACAACGACAGAAUCCGAGACCUCUUGCACCCGGGGGCUGACUCCAGCGCGUUGCGAGUACGCGAGCAUCCGCAGACGGGCCCCUACGUUGAUAACCUCGUCCCUGUGAAGGUCGAGUCAUGGAGUCAACUUCGGCAGCUUUUGGCGCUCGGGACUUCUGCUCGGUCAGAAGCGGACACUCCUGAGAACAUCAAGAGUAGCCGCGGCCAUGCUAUCCUCACCAUGGAGGUCAACACGCGGACGGGACUCAGCCGCGUGCAAAUGGUGGAUCUUGCGGGCUCGGAGCGUGAAGUUGUUGCCAAUAGCCGAUCUUCCGAUGGUCGAACAGGCCGCGAGCGGGGAGCGGGGGGGGGCGGAGGGGGCGGCGAUGGGAGGACGGUAUCGCAACGGCUGACGUUAUCCCAACGCCUUCGCGAGACGGCCCAGAUCAAAAAGGCUUUGAGCAAUCUAGGCAUAAUUAUCAAGGGCCUUUCGAGGGGAGACACGCCGGUUGGACUUCCCUUCAGGGAUUCCAUUCUCACUUGGCUACUGAAGGAGGCCCUCUCCGGCCGGGCACACACUACCAUGCUGGCGACGGUGAGCCCGUCGUCCAACAGCUAUGUCGAGACCAUGAGUACGCUCAAGUACGCGGAGAGGUUAAAAAAGGCAAACGCACACCUCAACAAGGAUUCGGGAGGCGCAAGGGUAACCACGCCCUCGGAUGGAAUAAAGAAGGAAAUGGCGAGCUUGGUGGAGAAGCUGGGGGCUGACGGCAUUGAGGCCAAGAGACAGGUGCUGUACCAAACAGUAUCUGACCCUCAGCAGCGCAUCGCCAAGCUCACGGCCAAGGACCCAAGGCGUCGGAGGACAAGCAGCGGCGGUUCCGCUGCGCCGAUUGGCGACCGUCGCUCUGGCGAUGAAGACGUCGUUGCACCGCGCCGCACGAGCUUUCCCGGCUCCUUGUCCUCGAAGCCCUUUGGAUGGAAGGCCACCACGCCGUCUCGGGCUUCCGGCAGGACUAGUAGCCCUUCCGUUGCCGGCGGCACCGGGGCGUGGGGUUCGCCGAUCAACACGCCAGACGAUACAUCUUUGGAGGGCAACGUGCUUGACGAAGGACCGGGGGAAGACAAGCACGGCGCGGGUGUAAGGGUUGGGAAGAUGGGUGACGAUGGAGCAGACAAGGAAAACUCCACAAGCGAGGGUGCGGGCGCUGGUAUUACCGAUGGGGGCAGUGCUUCGUUAGGUGUGACCAGCCCCGAGCCUGAAGCUCUUCUGUUCAAGGCGGGCCUGCUUGAAGGGGGGUUUUUUGGCGGUGACCCUGAAUUGACGCUCUAUAGCGAGAGCGGCAGUGAGAGCGCGGGGGGCGGGGAUGCAGAGUGUGCAACAGGUGAAAAUACUGACGGCAUCCCUGGAAGCGUCACUGGUGAUGGAAGUGGUGGUGGAAGUGGUGGCGGGCAUAAUGGCGGCGGUGGUGGGAGUAUUGGCAACGCAAACGGUCACGAGAAGAGCGUGGCGGUGAUGCAACUUGAUGGCAGUGAUGCUGAUGGCAGUGAUGGCAGUGAUGGCAGUGAUCCUGAUGGCGGCCGAGACAACUCCGAAGGCGAGCAACGCCCGCAGGCCUGGCUGCCGUCACCGGGGAGUGGCGCAUCCCCCACUUGGGCUGGAACGAGUUCGUCGGAAGACGCGGAGCCACACAACCGCGCAAGGACCGAUGCAAAUGCGGAGGGAGCCACCGCAGGCACGUCUACGGUUGCAGCCGAAGUCGGCGACGCAGCCACAAUACCCACCUACCCACCAGUGUCAGACCGGGGCGAUGCGCCACCGAGACCUGAGACAACGGUCUCUCACGUUACGGGGUCUUCAGACACGUAUGUAGGAGGGUCGACGGAUACUUUCUUUGGGGAACCGUCGGAUCCCCACGAGACAGGAUCGACGGGGAUGGUGACAGGACGGGUGCCGAGCUGGGGAGAAACGUCCGGGAACGACGUCGCAGGACCGACGGUAGAGCCGACAACUGAGGGCCCCGACUCGAGGAGGGCGUCUGGGUCCCAAGUCGCAGGAUCAACGUCAGUACCCAUAGGUGGACCUGCUGGGGGACGGGAGCCAGGCGGGAAAGCUACGGAAUCAACUACCGUACGGAGGGGAGAGGUGACGGAUUCUCCUGUUCUGACCGGACGAGUCCCUGACACCGCCACGAGCAGUGCUCCUCCGUCUAGACGAAUCACGUGGAGUGUGGAUGAAGUAGAAUCUACGGGAAACGGGAGGCAUCGUCCCGCCGGCCGCACAGGGGACCAGAGACUCCAUGAAGCCCAAGGACAAGGUCUUCUGGUUGACUCUGGCCUUGGCAACCAACAACACGCGGACGAACGUGACGACACGGCUUUGCCUGAGACCUUGGCAUUGAACUCGUCCGUAGAGUCUGGAGGAGGAGCGGCUGCUCUUGCAGCAAGCGGAGUGUUUGAUGUCACCGGCACCUCGGCCGAGGGCGAAGGGGAUAGUGUUAGUGUUGGCGAUGUCGACAGUUUAGACGGAGUGCGAGCGGAGGCUUGGGCACGGCCACCACGCCCCGCGCACGACCAUCAAGAAGGCGGACAAGGGGUGGCUGGCGGUUCUGGUGGAGUUGCGUCCACUGAUGAUACACGCGGGCUGAUUGAAGGUCUAAUGCAGCAGAUUGAACAGCUGAAAGCUUCGAAUGCCUCCUUGACGGAAGAAGUUCGGCGGCUUCAGGACAAACUGAGCAGGAGCAAGGAGUCGGAGGAGGAAGCCUGGGCGCUUGGCGAUGAUACCGCCAAAGAGUUCCAGACCCGCCUGGCCUCCAUGCAGAGGGAUCUAGAGGAGCAGGCUAGCCGUGCCCGUGAGGCUGAGAGAAAGGCGCGAGAUGCAGACGCGCGUGCGGAGAGCGUGUCGGCCAGCGGAGACGCGUCAAGUCAGUUGCUGGACGACGUCCAAAGGCGGAUGAGAGAGGCUGAACGACGAGCCGACGGAGCGGAGGCAAGGGAGGGAGACCUGGUCGCUCGCGAAAAUGAUGCCCGCGCACGACUUGCUGCUUCCGAGGCUGCGUUGGAAGAGCAACUAAUCGCAGCAGGGGAGGCUCAAAGGCUGCUCGACGAGUCCAGAAGUCAGGCAAAGGAGGCUGAGCAACGCGCCGUCGCUGCAGCGGCGAGGGCGGCGGAGUUAGAAGCGCGAGCCAACGAUGCCCGUGCCCAGCUUGAACAGUCGAAGGCAGCCGCGCGGGAGCGAGAAGCUUUGGAAGGGGACGCCCAGAGACUUGUGGAUGACUCUCGAUGCCGAGCGGAGGAGGCCGACCAACGCGCAGCUGAAGCCGAGGCGAGGGAAGCAAGACUCAAAGCUCAUGCCAGUGAUGCUCGCACCCGGCUAGAGAGUGUGCAGGCCGCCCUGGAAGGGCAGGAAGCUACGGCAGAGGAGACCCAGCGCCUGCUGGACGAGUAUCUAAGGAGGGCGGAAGAGGCCGAACGACGGGCCGCUGGGGCCGAGGCAAGGGAAGCCGAGCUCGAAGCCAUGGCCAAAAACGCCCGCACCCAAAUGAGCGAUUCGCAGGCACAACGCGCGGAGGAGGCCGAGCGGUUGGUUGGUGAGUCCCGCAGGAGGGCAGAACAAGCAGAGCGCCGCGCCGUUGGGGCGGAGGCGAGGGCAGAAGAACUGGAAGGCCGGGCCAAAGACGCCCUCGCCGAAACGAGCGGGUUGCAGGCAGAAUUGGCAAAGGCCAAUCUGCGGGUCGAGGAGUCCCGAAGGAGGGUGGUCGAGGCCGAGCAACGUGCCGCUGGGGCCGAGGCAAGAGAAAAAGAAGUUGAGUCCUGUGCCAGUGAUACCCGCACCCUACUGAAAGACUCACAGGCGGCGUUGAAAGACCAGAAGGCGGUGACGCAGGAGAUUGAACAGCUGCUAGACGCGUCUCGAAGGCAGGCUACGGAAGCUGAACAACGCGCUGCGGGCGCAGAGGCAAGGGGAGACCAGCUCGAAGCCCGAGCCAACGACGCCCGUGCUCAACUCGAAGCUUCAAAGGCCGCAUUAAAAGACCAGACGAUGAUGACGGAGGAGGCCGAAAGGAAGGUUCGGCAGACCCAGGCGGCCCUAGAAGCGACCGGAAGUGGUGUGGAUGCCGCCGUAGCCGCCUCGCAGCGGAGGGCGGAGCAGGAAAGGGAGAGGGCGGCCGAAGCGGAAGUCAGGGCAAACCGGGCGGCGGCUAAGGCGAACGAGUUGACGUGUCUCGUCGACGAGCACGAGAAUCGCCUAAGAAAAGCCAGAGCAAGCCUGGAGGCGGAGGGGACUAGAGCCGACGGGGCGGAGGUGCGCGAGCGACGGACGGCGGCACUGGCUGAGGAGCUAGCGGGUGUGGUAAAAGAGAAAGACACGCGGUUGGCAGGCCUGCAGCAAGCACUUGAGGCGGAGGGAGCCAGGGCUGACGACAUGGAAGAGCGCAAUAGGACCGCCGAGAGUCGAGUAAGGGAGCUCAAGAGAGAGACCGAGCGACGGCUGAGGGACCUGGAAAGAGUGGAGAAGGAGGCCAAGGCUUCACUUGACGCGGUGAGAGCAGCUGCUGAGACCGACAUGGCCCACGCUGCUCAACGAACAGACGCCAUCGUGGAAGAGCGGGACAGGUCCCUGGAACAGGUCGAGGCCGAGCGCACAGAGGUCUUGAGAUUGGCGGCGGAGUUGAAGGACCUACGCGCGGCGGCAGAGCAGGAAGCUACCGCGGGUAGGGAGAAGGAAGCGACGCUCAAAGCGAUGCUGGCCAGCGAGACCGAGGCGUCUCGGGCUGAGCAGGUUGAGGUGGAAGACCUGCUGUCGUUGAUCUCGUCCGUCCAAGGCCCGGGGAGCGAGGGGCGCACCUCUGAUGACGCGGUGGUUUCAAUUCCCGGUGCGCGCGCGGCCAUCGAGGCUCAACGGGCGAAGCACGAGGCAACUCGGCGACGCGUAAAGGCUCUGGAGGACGACAAUCGCGCCCUCAAGCAACGCGAGGCAGAAGCACAGGCGAACUUGGACCGGCUUGGGUUGCUGGAAGAGGAGAGGGACUUCCUUUUGCGCGAAAAGGACACCUUGGUAGGCCGACUGGGAAAUCUAGAGGCGCGUCAGGGGUCCCUCCAAGAGCGAGAGAGACAAGUCGAGAAUCGAGAGGGCGAGGCUGCCUUAGCGAGAGAUGGCCUCGAGGACCAAGUGCGGGACUUGAAGGAGCGCCUGGCUCGUGAAACUGACCUGCGGGCGAAGGAGGCGAAGAAGUUCGCCGAUCGCCUCAAGGAGAAGGAUGAUCAGGCUGAGGAGCAGCUUGGAGACACGUUGAAGCAGGUGAUGGAAGGAGUCAAGUCUCAAGCUGGGCACAUUCGCGGCACGGUGACCCAGCUCGAAGAAGAGAGGGAUAGGGCCAUCAGCGCAAAGCAGGCAGCUAUCAAGGAGCUCGAGGAUGUCAAGUGCGAGCUUGAGGCCGUCAAGAAGGAGAAGUGUGAGGCGAGGAGCGACUUCGACGAACAGAUGAAGCAAUCAGCAAGGGAGCGGGCUGCGCUGUGGUUGGCGGUAAAUAAGCUUGAUGUCCUUGAGGCCGCCAAAGACUCUGCCAUCAAGGAGUUACAGAAGGAGGGAGAGGACAAGGCGCGUGCUCUCAAGGUGCUGCAAGCGCAUAACGCCGGGUUGACGAGGGAGCUUGGGCAGGUUGACAUGUCCCUCAUGCAAGCCUUGGAAGACAACGGGUUGACUCUGGACAGCGUCCGGUUGCAGAACACGCCCAUGUCAAGGAGGCUCGGCCGCCGCAGGCCGUCAAGCCACGACCCUGUCGGCAUAACCAACGGCGGUGCGGCGGGCAGCCCGCCACCGGAGCCCGAGGAAAUAGACUAUGGUAGCAUGCACCCUGUGGCCGGGAGGGGCGACGGGACACCGUGGCAACGAAGUCUUACGAGGUUAAACAUCGAGGGAGGGCGGGAGCGGCCUCCUCGGAGCCAUUCCCAGGCGGUGGGCAGACGUGGGCAUCGUGAACAAGACUCCAGGACCCAAAAGCACAUGACCCGAACCCGCAGCGCAGGCCCCGAAGGGUAUGCUGGGGAUGGGAGGAGGAUGCACUCCGGAUCGGGAGCUUCCUCACAAACGGAUCGCUGGGACCCCGCGAUCAAUACGAUUGAACGCGAGAUUGAGCAGCUGUCGGAGCGGCUGGACACGGGCCGGGUGCGUCGAGUGAGCUCGCAAGCAGAUCUGCCCGGUGAAGAUCCGUCGCGAGUGGGGAAACGCCUCCGUUCAAGAACCGAGGUGUCACCCCCACGGACGCAGGAGGUCAAAAAGAGAGAACGGAGAGCUCAACCACAGGGUACAUAGUGUUGGCUUCGCCUUGCGUUGUUGCGGGUGGUGAGCGCAAACUCUGCGAGCACCCAUUAUCAUAGCACGGACGCAAGCCACUGCUGUAAGUGUUUGGAUUUGUGUCGUGGGGGGGGAGGGUUGUACGUGGUGACCGCAAUUUUUCGGCGCGUUCGAAGUGUUAAUAAAAAUGUAGAGUUGUGAAUCGGAACGAUGUACACGAUAUAUAUCGUCCGAUAUAUAUCGAUAUCGGUAUCGAAAAUUCGUGCCGAUGUUCCGACCGAUGUUUUCUUAGGGGCUCCGUGAAUCAAAUUUAGGGUAUGCGCAGCAGUACGGAGCCCCUGUACGCCACACACACACAGCACAGCAGCGCAGAAACAGCAGACAACAGCACCAUGUCCAGAACCAACCGGGAAGUAGACACAGGGAGAGACCGAAGGAGGGUACUGCUGAGGAUACGCGACAAUACAUCAAUCUUAAUCUUUUUUUUUUUUUUCUACAUUCCGUGCGAUGUUUGCAGCUGAAGUCAAGCCCUUUUUGAUGCCGCAUUUGGGCCCAUUUUGACGGGAAAUGAAAGGAAAAUGCACCAAAUUUUCUGCCUCCGGCGGCGCCUCCGGCGAGGCCCCCUCACCAGCCGGGGGGGGCCGAUGGGGGGGCUCGCUUCGCUCGCCCCCAUCACGGCUCGCUGCGCUC